GUCGCGCCCCCAUAGGUUUUGCGUGUGCGAAUGUCAUUGUGUUUAUGUGAUCGCGCGUGUCUACAAGAGUGCAGUACGACAGUGUCGGCAGUGUGUGUGCCUAUAGAUUUUGCCGCAGUGCCGCGCGGUUAUUGAAAAAAAAUACAUUUUUAAUUACAUAAAAUAGUCGAUUUUUUUUUUUGGUUCCGUUCGACGAGAUAUAAAAAUCGUCGUUCGUUUCGCGCUUGUCGAGUUCGCAAUCGGUUCCGUCGUGGACAGCCACGCCGUCGGGAUGACGGCUGCGACGGCGUCUGUUCCGGCGGCAAGUACUGCGGCGGCGACGACACGGUGGUCGGCCGCGAUACGCCACCAUCCGCACUGAUAUUAUGGGACGCCGCGUAGCAACCCGCACCGUGGUACGGCAUCGUCGCGUGCGGCCAGCGGACCGCCGUCGUCGUGGGCUUGUUGUUAUGGUCGAUUGUGCGGGUCACCAGCCCGGCGACGCGACAUGAUCUCUGGCGUCGACACGACACUACAACGCAGCAUCACUCUCUUCGCAUCGUCCUCAAAACCGGCACUCCAUCGUACUGUUGCAACACCACUGACACCACUACCACCACCACCAACACUACCACCGGCGCGUCCGUCAAGUACCAGAAGCAAAAAUGCAGAUCCCUCGGCGAAACGGCCGGAUCGGUUGUGAUAGAGUGGUGGCGCCGGUCCCGGCGGUACAAUGCGCGGUGCCAGCACCGGCGGCGGUUCCGUUUGUGUCAUCCGGUGCAAGGUGGUGCUUGCAGUGUUGGUCAUGACCGCAGUCGCUGCCACAUCAGCGAAACCAGCCGCCGCCACUGCAGGCGUCGCCGCCGCCACUGUCGCCGCCAGAAUCUCAGCAGCCACGGCUGCAGCCGCCACGGACGCCGUCACGCCACCAUCACCCUCGGCACCGCGACCGCGACCGCCGCCGCCGCCGCCACCAACAACGACAACGACAAUCGUGUCCGGCGCCAUGUCCAAGUACGACGUCAGCGGUGCCGACGGGGGGGAUUGCGAACAGGUGCAGGUGUCGAUCCGGGCGGCCGCGUGUACCGGACAGAUCAGCGAGGGUCCAGGACCGCCGCGUUGCCCGGCUCCGUGCCCGGAAAGUUCCGAUAUUAAUAAUAAUGUUAAUACUAAUGUUAAGGAUAGUAAUCUUCAGUGCCUUGAAUACGCGCACCGAACGUCCGUGGCGGAAAUGUGCCCGGACGACUUGGACGCGUACCGUCGACCCGGCCGCCUGUCCCGGUACCGGCUCCGACACUGUUGCCACCACACGGUCGAGUCGGUCGUGCAAAGGCCGUACAACGACUCCGCGUCGUGCGCCGCCGAGGUGGACGAAGCGUUCCACAUGGACAGCAUGGCGGCCGCCAUGUCGUGCCAGUUUAACGAGGUGUUGGCCAGGUACGACUGCGGCCAAAAUUACUCUUCCAGGACGUGCCAGACUUGCCAGGACGCCUACGCGUUAUGGGCUUGCUCGGCCGUUUUGCCGCAUUGGAUCCCGCCGGAGAAGGAACCCGACCGCCGGUACAGGGUGAAAUCUUGCCGGUCCGUGUGUCUCGAAGCCGAACAGAAAUGCCCGUGGUUGCUUCCGGUGGCCGACGCCAACCCUUACGCCGGCGAAGCGGCUUUCACUUGUAUAGAUCCUGACAUCAUGUACCAAAUGUCCGCUGUGGACGCCAAAGAAGACUGUUGCUAUGAGCACUGCGGCGACGGGCUGUGCAUAAAAAACGCCUCGCUGUGCGUCGACGACCGAUCGACCUUUGGGCCUAGACCGGCAGACCAGAGACCCGUGUGCGUACACUCCAUACCGCCGGAGGACGAAGAGUCUACGUGCAAGGAUUACAGCCUGUCGGACUCUGCGGCCGACCGGGAUGUACCGGCGCCGUUCCCCUGGCUGCUAGUUGCCCUGUCGCUGCCCCCGCUGCUCCGGACUACACUGGCGGCGGUCACAUGACGAUAAUUAGGGACGUCGACGAGCACAAAUAAAUACAUUUUUAAACAAAACGCGCCGGAAAAAAAAUCUUCCAAAGCGAAUUCGACGCGAACGGGAUUUCAUGUCGGGAACGACAGACAAACGCGUGUCGGGUACGUGGCGAUAAGAACGUCGUCUCCGUCCGAAGGUACCGAGACGGACGCAGUUAGAUGGAAGAAAGAGUAAACCCCUCCCUCCACCCACGCCGGCCGGCCAUCCCUCGUUUCCUAUAAUAUAAUAGGGUUGUACGAAAAAAAAAGAGAUGACCGGACGCAGGGUGGUCCGUUCCGGACGAGACUGUAUAAUACAAGUAAAUGGACACGAGUCGUCGUCGUUGUUUGUUGUUGUUGUUGGCGCCGCAAGUUUCUACUGGCCGGGACCAAUAAAUAAUAAAUAUUAAUAAAAUACCGCGUGUUCGUCGAAACGGGGAACACUCAGUAACUCAAUACAGCCCGUAUGCGUAUAUAUUUUUUUGAAUUUGGUUUUCGAAAUAUCAAACUUGAUCUCUAGACCCUCCAUGUACUCGUUAUCGUGCGUUAUGCGAAUUGUAUUUUUUUAGGGUAUCCCCACUUGUAACGUUAAAAUGUUCCCGUAUUUUGUAAGCGACAUUUGGUGCUCGGGCUGUUCUUUAAUGUCAAAGAACCAACAAAUUAAAAAAAAAAUAUUAAAAACAUGCGCUUUCGAUUUUAAUUAAUACUAUUACCCAAAAUUUAAAAAAAAAAUCGUGUUUUUCGUACCAUUGAUUCUAAAUAAAUAAAUUCAUCGUGAGUUCCCAUACUGAGUAUCUUUCGGUUUUGAUACAUAUUUUAAAACAUAAAAUAACCCGAACGCUAAACACAGUCAAAACAAUUGAGGUAAAUUUAAAUCAUUUAGGGAAUUGACGGAAUAGGUCAUAGAUUAUAAAUACUAUUAUCUAUUAUGAAUGGUCAUAUUUGUGUAUUAGUUAUUUCUACUACAUUACUAAAAUCGAACGAAUAAAUACAUGGCUUGUAAUAAUUAUUGUUAUACGCGCGUAAAAUAAAGAACCUCCUCAUUUUAGAAAGUCGGUUAAUAAAAGACAAACAUGUUUAUGUAGGUUAAAAGAGGAUAUGCACGUAGUAUUAAGUUACUGUGUGUUCUUUGUUGUACGCGGUAAAAUAUACAAAACAUACAAUUAAAAAGGCCUUUUUUUUUGUUUGUUGUACUUAAUUUUUAAUUGUUUUUUCUAACACACGUGUAUACAAUUAAUGUUGGUAUAAUUUAGUUAUCAUUAUUAGGUAAUCGAAUCUUGUUAGUUAAAUGCGCGUGAUAUUGUAUUACAGUGUAAUAGUAAUAAUAAUAAUAAUAACGAUAAUGAUUUAUAUAAUAUAAUAUAAUAUGUAUAGUUAUACAUAUUUUAUAGGCCGUAUUAGUAUUGAAGACGCUCAAAGGAAUUAAGUGGCACAAUAUUCUGAACACAUAAAGAGCUGCUGUUGUGCGAGAUGUGGUGCGGAUGUCGACAGCCGGUGGCCGGAUAUUGCAGAAUUAUUUAAAGGGUGCUUGCAGUAGGAACGGGAAGCUUUCAUACACAUAUAAACACACAUAUAUUUAGUUAUAUGUGUGUGUGUAGGGGUUGGCAAGAAGGGUAACGAUCAACGACUUUUCGCAAAAUUUCCCUGCCGUCAGCUCAAAUGAGAGACUAUCGUAUACAUUAUACAGCAACAUACACAGGGUUAUUUUUUUUAUAUAUAUAUGUAUAUAUUAUAUUUAGCCCGAUAUUACUAUUUGUUCUUUAGUUUGUUAAUACCCUGUGUAUAACACUGUAUACUAAUCGAAAUAACACAUCUCAUUGAAUUAAUGUAUACCACUUAAUACCAACUUGAUUGUUUUACUAUAAAUGAAAGCGUAGACCCUUACCACUAAUUUACAAAUAAAUGUAUUCUCGACCAAUGCCCAACCCAUAAAUAAUGAUUUGCAAUAACUGGCCAAACUGGAAACUCGCUGAACGGCAAUGAGAUUGAGUAUUUCUUUAUCAAAAGAAAUAGAGGAUAACACAGAUCAUCUACUUUAUAAUAAAAAGAAAUACUACACCACUAAAAACGAUGAGAACUUACCAACUUAUCUUAUUUAAGAAAACGCAGAGUAGUUUUCGUUGAAAAGAAAUGUAGAAAACAAUGUAUUUACAAAAAGAAAACUAUUACAAACGACCUUUUUAGGGUAGAAUUAAGGAAAUCAAAUAUGAUGUUUCCGUUAAGAAUAUUAUAGGCGCAAAAACAUAAUUGUUUACCAAAAUUUCAAUUACACUUUGUCAUAUUUUUAUUGAAGUGCCUAACGUUUUUAACGUGCGUUGCUAGAGUAGAUAUUAUAUUUAUACAUUAUAUUAUUAUUCUUAUUAUUAUUAUUAUUAUUAUGGGUGUGAUAUUCGGUAAUGAAUAAUUUAGCUUUUAUUGUUUUGUUUUACUCGAAUUGUUAAAUUUGAAUGUCUUUUUAUUUAUUACUGCCGAUGUUAGUUAAAUUUUGUUUGUAAGAAACAUUGUUAAUUUAAACUUGUUUAAUAUUAUAAAAAAAAAAUGUGUAACUCCGAAUUAGGCCAUAAUAUCCAAUUAAUAUAUUAUGUACACAGCUAUGAAUAUGCAGGCGAGGGAGUUUUGAAAUAUAUAUUAUAUUGUUCCUGUUAGUAAUUAUUAAACAUUUAAUAAAUUACACCGAAAAUAUUCGUUGUGGUUUUUAUGGAUAAUACUAUAAAUUCGGUUUGUAGUUAUAGUUAUAUUCAAACUUUGUAAUUAAUAAACAAUAAAAAAAAAUUAAUAACUAGGAUUAAAUUUUAUAAUUUGUCUGGUUUAGAAGGUAAUCAUGGUUUCAAAAUAAUAAAAAAAUAUAUAUUUAUUUAUAUUUAAUUAUACGAUACAGUUUAGCUUAAUUUGUAGAUAGUUCCGUCCAAAUAGAUAAUAUAUUAUCAAAUAAUAUUAAUAAACGGUAUACCGUAAUGUAAUAUCCUACAAAACAUGAUUGAAUUGAGCUAUUUAUUUUUAAGUCUACUGUAUUAUAGUAAUUAUUAUUGUCUUGCCCUUAAAUAUAUAUUAUUUGUUGAUUUCGUGCCAAUUAAACUCUUACUUAAGUCGGUAUUUUUAGAAAAGUGCUCAAUAUUGUUGUAUAAAAUUAUAGAUGUAGAUAAUAUAUAAACUUAUAUACAUGCAUAUUUUAUGUCAAUAUAUUGUAGGUCUGAUAUUUUAAGGGGAAAAAUCUUUAUGAUUGAAUGCGCGUAAUUUUCAAAUUUAAAUAGGAUUUGAUCUUCUUUUUUACAAGAAACAAUUUUCAGCAUAAUAUGAGAUAUAACUUACGAGCGACUCAAAAACGAACCCCGUCGUGUAUAUUAAAACCAAUUAUACAAUAAUAUGGAAACUUAUCAUAACAACACUAACAAACCAUCUGUGGUUAUGUUCUGUCUGUAUAUUAAUCUGUAAAGACUAUUAUAAAAAAAAAUCCAAAACCGACGUGACAUCAAGACAGACAACACAAAAUCAAAACGAGUUGCUUAAUACAAGUCACAGUGUGUUAGGCUAAACAUUGAGAUGGUGGAAAAAAUAGUCAUACUCAUUAAGUGGUACAAAAUUAUACUGAUCUUAAGAAGACCGUCCCAUUAGAACUUACAAUUAUGUACAUAGCCAUUUAAAAAAGUUUAGUUAUUAUAAUUGAUUUCUAUUCUAUAAUUAUUUUUAAAAAUAUGUUCAUGAAAAAUAAAACGUUUUAAAGAUAUUUUAUAGCUUGUUAGGUCGUAUUAAAAAUUACUGUUACGGGUUCAUUAAAUUUAAUUGCGUGCUCUGUAGAUGAAAAGUUUUAAGGUAUUUUUACACCACUCGAGUAGAGGCCAAGGGUUAACCAUUCCAUAGAAGUCAUUUGAUUCUUAAUUACUAAUAUUGUUAUUAUUAAUAUUUAUUAAUAAUAAUAACAAUAUUAGUAAUAUUAAUAAUAAUUGCGGUAAUGAAAUAUA